AUGGCUCCUAUCAGAGCUGUUGGCCCGUCGCAAGAAGCGCUGUUGAAAUUAGAGAAAAGCACAGAAAAUACCGAUUUUCAACUCGCCGCGGCAGCACAAAUUCUCAAGCUAGAUUUAUCCGAUAAUGCUCUGCUAUUGCCCGACUGCGACUCCCGUGAAGUGAUAAACCGGCCGGCUCCCAAAGAAGAAUGGGUGCUCCGAUGGCUGCUCAAAAGAUUCAAGAUCGACACAUAUAGGAUACAACCUCGUUCCUUUAUUCUAUUACAAAAGCUCCUACAGCGCAUUUCGAGACGAGCAAUCGCGACUACAUUUGUGGAAUACAAAUUCGCGCAUUUAUUGAAGGAUAUUGUGGACGAUCUGGAUAAUGCUGUUUUCAAAUCGCUUCGAGAUGGCACGGGUCGAAUCCUGUCUGGGUCUGAGACGAGGGAAACUGUCGACGGAUCUCCGGUUCAGUCAAAAAAAUCAAAGAAACGCAAGAGGGGAAAUGAAGAUGUUGGUGGUGGUGAAGACGUAGAAAUGUAUGAUGUGGGAGAGACCGACUCCGCCGUUACUGCUUAUGUUCGAUUUUUGGACGCUCUCUAUUCCCUCAUGAGCUUGGUAGAUGAUCAAGACAACCGUGGGAACGUAUCGCAUUUUCAUCUUCAACAAUCACUACGGCUGGAUCCUGCAUUUGUUGCGCAGAUACUUGGCAGGUUGCUAAGGCUAUCUGCAGGGUUAAUAGUCAGGUUUACACAAGAAAAACGAAGUGACCAGUUACUACAGCUGUUGAAGACUACUACGGCUUGUUUCGGUCUCUGGGAUCUCAAAAAAUCUGGUAUCAAUGGUGUUGAGAAGAAUUCUAUCAACACUGCAUUCGCCGAAUCCUGCUUUCUUGAAGCGCUGAGGCUCUACCACAUUGUGCUUUGCACCGGAAUCGUCAGUGAUGAUGUUAGUUUCAUUACGAAUUCUAUUGAAAAGCUUAUUGCUCUCCAUGUCGUCCUCCCAGCACGAAGCACAUUUAUGGAUUCCGGCGGAUCUGGAAUAGAUUACUCAAAAGUUGAGGACCCUGACUGGAGCGCCGUGCAGCCCGUUACUUCCAGUUUCAGGCCACUCUUUGAAGACCAGUCAGGAGUGGAUAUUAGUUGCAAUGGAAUGCAUGUUGGCAAAGAAGACUCCUGUGUCUUCGCGGCAACUUGGCAGGCGGCUGAACUCAUUCCGACUUUUUACAAUAUUGUUGCCAGAUCGGUGCCGAGAGAUUCAUUUCGUCGUCAGAAUACAGAAGCAUCGUGGCUUGAGACAGUCUUCGUGGCACUCGCGGAGCUGGCUUACUCAAGCACUCGGCAAUUGAGCGACAAUGCCUCUGGAUUCAUACCCUUACUAGAACAGCUGUUUAUUGUUGUGCGUGCUCGGAAAAUCUAUCUAUCUCUUCACACAUUUCUGACUCAUGCUGCCUACACGGGACUGCUGAAAGGGAAAGAAAAGCCAGAAGAAGUGCGAUGGAGUUUGACAACACUACUAAUUGACCUCGGAGUCGAUAUUUUCCUACCUAAUUCGGGAUUCAAAGAUUCCGGCCGUCUCUUGGAGGCCCUUUUCCAGUCACUUCAGCAUAUUCGGAGUGACAGCGCAGAUAAGGAAACAUUUCAAACCGUCAAGGAGAAAGUAGUCGUGCCUUUACUUCGGGCUUUUGCUGCCGCGCGAGAUCUCUCAACUUUUGUUGGGUUGUGGCAUGAACAAUUGAGGCAGAUCGAAGCUGUCCGCAAAUCUGGGUCCUCAAUAUUCCUUCUAGGCGCGUACUCAGUGUGGGAAGACGAUGAUCUAGCCACCGCAUACCGCGAAGCAAUCAAAACCACGUUGAGCGAUAGCCACUUGAAAGCACAGAUCGAAAUGGCCAUACCUACAAUAAUAACUGGUCCGGGUCUUAUUUCACCUUCCCCAGAGUCUUACGCCCACUUCAUCAUUUUGGAAGCCGGUUCUCGUGCUUGGGGGCAUAACGGGCUUCCAGGGCUACGCAUCGACUUGGUCACAAGUCUUGUGGAAGCAACCAACAAAUCAAUCUCCAAUCGUGCUGAAAAAAUGCACUGGUCUUGGCGUCUAUGGAGACUCACGAGAAAUCUUAUCCCAAUUAGCCUGAAGACACCUCUUAACACGCCCAAUGAUCUUGCAAAGAAAUUCGAACAAACGGCGCUGCAAGUAUUGAGAAUGGAUAACAUAAUUUCAAGACGUGGGAUAAAAGUGAACUCGAACACCUGGCGUGAAGCGUUCGAAGCUUGUCGGUUCUUAUUACAAACAACUAAAGAUUUACAUCAUGACGCUACUUCUCAGUUGCAAUCCACACUCUCCAGCUUCCUGCAAAGCAUCUGUUCGUUAUUAGAUUCUCUCUCGGAGGAGAAACUUUCAAACUGGAAUGGCCGGGUCCAAGAUCUUGAUACACUUUCUCAGCUGGGCAUUGCCUACGUGCAGUGUGUGCUAGAGUUCCCGCAUCUGUGGGCUACACUCACUUCUGAGAAUGUGAAGCAGUAUCUUCAUUCAGAGAGUGCAACUAUUACUGCCACUACGUCUGUUUCAUUUGAGAACUUAUGGUCCGUUUUUACAUCUUACGAUUAUCUCGUCGAAAACCCAGCAUUGGCUUCGGGGAUAGCGCAGGCUAUUUGUGGGCUACUCGUGGACAGCGAGCGACGCCGUUUCCUCCUUCAAUACUUACCCUGCAUCCCUGUUCGUCUCAGCGACGUGCCCGGGUUCAAGGACAUGAUGAAGGCGAUUAUGGUGGAAGACGGCUGCCCUGCAGAAGGCGUCAUUCACGCGAUAUCACUGAUAAACGGGUGGUGUCAGGAAGAUUGGCAACAUGUUGAGUCAGAGCUCAUGUUCAAAUGGAUCACCUCCAACAUACCAUUGCAAGGAUCAGUCGCAGACAUGCGCACAAUCGAAUCCUUCCGGUCGUUGGUUAACACAGUGUUCGAAAGCGAAUACAACGCUUGCAGACCCGCAGGCAACAUACAGAAGCUCUUGAGACGAAUUUAUAAGCUUGCUACUGGUCGAAUCUCGACAGCAACGACCGAGUUGGGAUCGGGCAAUGCUUCUUCUGCUUCCUCUCUUACACCCGUUUUUGUGGGGGCUUGUUUACGAUGCAAUGCGCUCUUGCAGCAGCAUGGGCCCGAUCAUACCAAAGUGACCAUUUCGUUAGCUACGACACUCCAGGUUCUAGGGGUGUUUGACGACCUUGCGCCAGCGGAUGAUCAGCGUUUGGCUUUGAUUGGAGAGGACGCCUCUUCAGACGCGAGCCUUUGGGUUCAAAAGAUUACUCGGCGUCGGAUAAUCACUCGAUCAGCUGCCAGUGACGAACAAGGCGUAGGAUUCAACGAUUCAAGGUUACUUGAAGGUGUUGACUUACAGCGGAUGCAAGCGUCCGAACAGCAGUACUUUGCACGCUCAGCAACGGCAAAAGUAAAAAACAUGAGCAACACAGAGCGAAUUGGAACGAUUCAUUCACUGAAAAACGAGGGCUUCGAGGGACCAUCCGGAGCAAGCCGGUUGCUUCUGGUUGGACUAGCGGUGUCAGUGGUGGAUGAAAUAACGGAGAAAGACAGCACGGAGGCGCGAGAAGUCUCUUCUCUGUGCACAGCGGUUACUCAAGUGUUGCAAAGUAGCAGAGAAAUCGAGCACUUCUCUCUCGCGGCGGAGUGUUUAGAUAUAAUACUCCGCUUGCAUCCUCGAGGAGUGAGCCAAUUCAAUAUUGACAAUUUCCUUGCCGCAGUGUCGAUCACGAUGUCUAGAUUCUUCUUGGCGACAGAAGAGAGGGAGGCUUCCUUAUCACCUGAAUUCGCAAGCACGCGUCUGUGUCGCCUGCUCGGUACGGUAAUAGGGCUUUAUCGACAGCAACUUGGUGGUCGAUUCCACAUCCUCAUUCCGGCCUUGCAGUGUCUUCUCAAGGCGUUGUUUUUCGCUCCUACUGCUAGUCAGAAUCACAGCAGCAAGAGGCCCCGUGGCAAUGGUCGUAGCAGUAGCAGCGUGAGCAAUGCCGUGCUAUUCACGCGACUGCUAACAUCCCUCUGCGACCCAACGCUGUCCGCCGUGUCGCGACCGGGUCGUCCUGGACACGGACACGACGGCCUCAUCGACCAGACCAAAAAGGCCAAGGUGAUCUCCGGGCAGCAUGCGCGCAUCCUCAUCCAGAGCUACGCGCACAACAUGCUGCAGGUGCCGCUCAAGCCAGAAAUAAAAAACGCGCUGGCGCCGGGCCUGUAUGCAGUGCUGGAUGCGAUGCCGACGGAGAGCAAGCGGGCGCUGAAUGCCAGCCUGGAUGUGUCGGCGAGGGCGAUUUUCAAGACGCUGCAUGAGGACUACGUGCGGUUUGGGAAGUGGAACAGCCGGUAG